AUGUCUCGGAGCGGGUCUUUCUCAGCCCGUCAUAUCUGUGGAGCUUUAGCGCCCGCGUCUCGCUCCAAGGCCUUCGUUGGGAGCUUCUUCCACAUAAAGGCAUCUGGCAAGGGGAUUGCGAUUGGUCUUUUGGUCCUGGGUUACUGCUGGUUGGAUGCUGAUGGGCCAUCAGCGAAUAUGGAAACAUUGCGAUACAUCAGCCCCUCCAAGUCGAAUGAGCCUAAGCAGAGCGUUCCGGAUAACCUAUUGAUUAGGUCUGUGCAGCGUAAGCGGGCGCGUAAACGAAAUAACAAGAAUGCCCAUCUCCAGCACGCUCUCAUCUAA